AUGCUCCAACUCGAUUCCGCCCCAGCGCUUCUAGUCGUUGACAUGCAAAACGCCUUCUGCCACAAACAAGGCAGCUUCGCAAAGAUGGGCAUGCAAAGCGACCCAACAGCGAUAAUUCCACAAAUCAACAACCUCCGCUCCGCAUUCCGCGCCGCCAACAUCCCCGUCUUCUUCCUCAGAACAGGCUACAACGCCGACUACUCCGACAGACGCAGCCGCUCCAGAGGGGACAGCGUAGAGAAACUGCAAGGCCUCCUCCGCGGGUCUUGGGAUGCCGAGAUCCUCGAAGAGCUCACGCCCCAGUCCGACGAACACGUCGUGGAGAAAACGCGGAAUUCAGGCUUCUUGAGGACGUCCUUGGAAAGUAUUCUUAAGGAGCGGAGGGUUAACCAUUUGGUUUUGACGGGCGUCGGGACGGAUGUGUGUGUCGAGUCGACGGCGAGAGAUGCGUAUCAGUUGGAUUUUGCUGUGACUACUGUAAGUGAUGCGACGGGGACGUGCAAUGAGCCGGACCAUUUGGCUGCUCUCCACGCUCUGCGGAUGUUUGGUGGCACGGCGUCGACGGCGGAAGUGAUUGAGGCUUUGCAAAAGUUACCAGACUCGCGCAAUCAGUGA